CCGGGACAGCUGCGGCGGCGUGGGGCUCGCGUGGAAUGCGGGCGCCGGCCGCGCGUCGCGACUUUUAUGGAAACUUGCAGCGGCGGGGGGAGCGGCGGCCGCAGCCAGGGACGAUCCGCAGCCGCCGGCACCGCGCCGACCGCAGCGGCUGGGCAGCGCGCACAGAAACUGAAAGCAAUCUUAAACACACCAGGUGCAGAACACAAUACGGUAGCCAUGAAUGACAUUGCACAGAAAACUGAGAUGAAGGAACUGCUUGGAUCUGAUGAAGAUGAUGACACCAAAUUAUCUAAAAUAGAAAAAGGUUAUGUUCCAAAGCUAAUAGGAACCGUUAAAGGCAAGUUUGCAGAAAUGGAGAAGCAAAGGCAAGAAGAAGAAAGAAAGCGAACAGAAGAAGAAAGAAAGCGCAGACUUGAACAAGAUAUGAUUGAGAAAAGAAAAAUUCAAAGAGAACUGGCAAAGAAAGCACAGGAGAUUGAUGACUUUAACAAUACGGGAACUGAAUCAGCAGCUGAGGAAGGGGAUGAUUCACUGCUAGUUACAGUAGUGCCUGUCAAACCCACCAAAACACCUGGGAAGAUGAAAAUAAACUUUGAGAACAUGGGAAAGGAAAGAGCAGAACAAAGAGAUAGACAGGAUGGAGAAAUGAAGCUAAAAUACGAGAAACAAAACCAGUUCCCUAAGGAAACCAAGUGCUUUUCAUCUGUCACGGGUGAAAAUGAAGACACUGAAACACUAGAGUCUCUGUCUCCUGGUAAGCUGAAAGUAACAUUUGAAGAACUUGAAAAACAAAGACAGGAAAAUCAAAGGCGGCAAGCAGAGGAAGAAGCAAGGCAGCGUUUGGAAGAAGAGAAACGUGCCUUCGAAGAAGCUAGACAGAGAAUGAUAAAUGAAGGGAGUGAUGAAGAAUCAGAAAACUCUGUUAAAGAAUUCCGUCCUGGUAAACUCAGACUCAGUUUUGAGGAGAUAGAAAGACAGAGGAGAGAAGAGGAAAAGAGGAAAGCAGAAGAAGAUGCAAGACGACGCAUAGAAGAGGAGAAAAAAGCAUUUGCUGAAGCAAGGAAGAACAUGGUACUGGAUGAUGAAUCGCCAGAGAUGUUUAAAACAUUUUCUCAAGAAUCUCUCAUACCUGGGAAACUGGAAAUUAAUUUUGAGGAGUUGCUAAGACAAAAAAUGGAAGAAGAGAAGAGACGCACAGAAGAAGAGCGCAGACAAAAGCUGGAAAUGGAAAAGCAAGAAUUUCAACAGUUGAGAGAAGAAAUGGGAGAGCUGGAAGAAGAGUGUGAAACUUUUGGGCUCAGCAAAGAAUAUGAAGAAUUGAUAAAGCUAAAAAGAAGUGGUUCUAUCCAGGCAAAGAACUUAAAAAGCAAGUUUGAAAAAAUAGGACAAUUGUCUCAAGAAGAAAUACAGAAGAAGAUUGAAGAGGAGCGAGCAAAGAGAAGAGCAAUGGAUGAAGAAAUAAGAGAAAGGGAAGCUGAAAAAUUUCAGGAGGAUGACGAGGUAGAUGUGAGACCAGCCAAGAAAUGUGAGGCUCCAUUUACUCAUAAAGUAAACAUGAAGGCCCGUUUUGAGCAGAUGGCAAGAGCCAGGGAAGAGGAGGAGCAGAGGAGAAUUGAAGAACAGAAGUUACUCCGCAUGCAGUUUGAACAAAAAGAAAUAGAUGCGGCGUUACAGAAGAAAAGAGAAGAGGAAGAGGAAGAAGAUGGAAGCAUUGUUAAUGGUUCUACAUGUGAAGACGAUGAUGAUCAAGCUCAGUCUGGAGCCCCCUGGUUCAAGAAGUCACUGAAAAACACAUCAGUUGUGGAUGGCGAGCCAGUGAGAUUUACAGUUAAAAUUACUGGAGAACCAAAACCUGAAGUUACAUGGUGGUUUGAGGGGGAAAUGUUGCAGGACUCUGAGGACUAUCAAUAUAUUGAAAGAGGAGAAACCUAUUGCCUUUACUUGCCAGAAACUUUCCCAGAAGAUGAAGGGGAAUACAUGUGUAAAGCAGUCAACAACAGAGGCACAUCUGCUAGCACCUGUAUUCUCACCAUUGAAAGUAAGAGUUAGCAUCUUCAUUCGCUACAUUCUUACAUAUUCUUCUUACCUCUUUCCUAUGAUGAAAAUCUAACUAUCUGUUUCUCUUAACCCUUUUAUUUUCUAGCUGAUGACUACUAAUGCUCUACUUUAGCUGGAAUCUUUCUUCCCCUCAAAACUUUCUUACUGCAUCAUCUCUUUCUCUGAUGGGGCCAACUAAAGUAAGAAGGGUAUGCAUUGAUUUGUCAUUCCUGCAUCAGAAGAAUUACCUUCAAAUUGUGAGUUUCCAGGUUCCUUGCUCCAUAAAAAAUUAUUAUUAAAGCCUAAAAAGCAGGAAUCAAUGUAUGAAAAGGAAAAUCUGAAGACCAACAGUUGUGUAAUAGUAUACAGCUAAACACACAAUCUGGAAACUUGUGUAGUGUAAAUCUACUGGUAAAUUUUGCAUGAAUGCUGAAUAUUUAAGCUGUUUUACUUUAUCCCAAAGGAACUGAACUGGCAAAAGGAAACACUUACUGGUGAUUUUCAAAAACCUCAAUAUACUAUUUUUGAAGAAUAAAAGAUUACAUAACUUCUGA